CCAAACUUAUUCAAGAGUUUGGGGAAAGUUUAGGGGGAAAAGGCUGCAGAGAGAGGCAGACAGGACACACGGGCAAGGGCAAGGCAACACAGGCGUCUGGACCACGACCCUUGUUGAUUCAGAGUUUUCUCUGCCAACGCUCGACACUCGCCAUGACAGCACAUUUUGUCCGGGGACCGGCCUAUGGGUUAUCGGCCGAGGUGAACCGUAAGAUCUCUCAGAAAUACGACCCUCAGAAAGAGGAGGAACUGCGUCUCUGGAUCGAAGACGUGACGAGCUUCACUUUCCCCGAGAACUUCAUGGAGGGUUUGAAGAGCGGAGUGGUCCUGUGCGAACUGAUUAACAAACUACAGCCGGGAGCAGUGAAGAGCAUCAGUGGUGCUCCACAGAACUGGCACCAGAUGGACAACAUCGGGAACUUCCUCAAAGCCAUCACCAGAUAUGGGGUGAAACCUCACGAUCUCUUCGAAGCCAAUGACUUAUUUGAGAACUGCAACUUGACCCAAGUCCAAACCACGCUGCUGGCUCUCGCGAGUGUGGCCAAAUUAAAAGGUCACCACGUGCCAACAGACCUGGGCGUGCGCUACGCAGAGAAAUGUCAGCGAGCCUUCAACAGUGAAAUGCUCAAAGCCGGACAAAAUGUCAUCAGCCUCCAGAUGGGGACCAACAAGUUUGCCAGCCAGCAGGGGAUGACAGCAUACGGGACACGGAGACACUUGUACGACCCCAAGACUGGGGCAGAGAAACCCCUUGACCAGACCACCAUCAGCUUGCAGAUGGGAACCAACAAGGGAGCUACUCAGGCUGGCAUGACGGCACCCGGGACACGGAGGCACAUCUUUGACAACAAGCUGGGGCUGGAGAAGUACGACUCGAGCUUUGUGUCGCUGCAGAUGGGGUCGAACCAGGGGGCCUCGCAGAAAGGCAUGACGGUGUACGGCAUGAAUCGGCCGGUGUGCGACCCCAAAUACUGCCCCUCUGGCUGCUACCCCCUUCCCGAGGACGGCUCCUACCGGUACACCAGCGGCUCCGAGGGCAGCGAGGGCGAAUACCAAGAUAACUACCACAGGUACAACCAACACCUCGACCACAACCAGGAACAAACGUACCAGGACUUUGAAUGAGACGCAAGACAAUCACAGCAGCACCUCCAUCACUACCAAAAGACUGGCUUCGUCCAAGUGCACCCACCCACCUCCCUCCCUAC